AUGAGCACCAAACGAAAAGCCUCCGUCUUUGAGGAGGACAUGUUCUACCUCCAACCGAACACACCCCCGGUGACAUCCUCCCCUCUCUCGUCAACCAGCAGCAGCAGCACGAUCUCAUCUGAGAACAACAACAACACUGCCUACGACUGCCUCAGAGUCAAGGCCGUUCCCUACCUGAACAGCCGGACGCGCAAGAGAUACCGCGACGACAAACCCAACGAGGAGGUCAUUCAUGAAAACACCCUGAGGAAACUAUACGAUGCACAACGGCUGCAUCUCGACGAGGCAAUGCCCAUGUCGGACGUGAUCUCACUCGAUCAAGACGGCCUGCCUAUGUACAACGAAGCCGACGACACCGAGAUGAUGACCGACGACGUCCUCCCCCCAGAAGCAGAGAUACCGCAGACCGCCCAACCGAACCAAACAACGAUAGACGCUUUUUUCGGCGGGCGAGGAGGCGGUCUACAACAAUCUCGAGCAAACGCAGUCCACCUAUCACCGCCGCCGUACAACCCCUUCCUGUCGACAUCCGGCGACGCUUCCAAUCGACCGCCACUACAGAUUCAGAGGACUUGUUUCGACUACUGGAAUAAUCCGAAUCUGCGGUCCGUGAAUGACUCCGCUGCUGCUAGGUAA